AGUUCCGGUUUUGGAUACCAUAGUUCCGGAACUCUUGAGCUACGGUUUUCUAAAAAAAAGUUUCAAAAUAGAUACCAACAGAAUAACAUGGAGAUCGAAAUCGCAACAAAGGCUGUUGAACGAUGGGCAGACAGUGAAGUCGAAGCAUUUCUAAGCAUAUACUCAGAGGAUUGCAUCCAGGGUGCACGGCGGAACACGGAGGUGUAUCAGGUUAUUUCGUUGCGUUUAGCUCAAAGGGGAAUAUACCAUACCCCAAAGCAAUGCCGAGAAAAAAUUAAAAAGCUCAAACAAGACUACAAAAAAGCUAAAGAAACUAUCUUGCAAAGUGGCGGCUCAAGAGGACGAACCAGCAAGUGGUUCAAUUCUCUAGACUUGAUUCUGGGCAACCGACCUGCGUAUUCGGAAGCCGUAACAUUUGAUGCUACCGCGUGGAAUGCUAUACCGGACAAUGUUACCGUGAUCAACAAUCUUGAAUUAGAUAGUUCAUCUGCAGAAGUUUCAGAGACCCCUGAGCAAAGCCAGGGCUCAGUGAAAGUGGGAGACAAAUGGACACACACAGAGGUACAGGCCUUACUGAGCAUCUACGCCGAGGAUGAGAUACAGAGGGAGUUUGGUAUGUUGAGGCGCAACGAAAAGGUGUACCAGAAGAUCGCCGACCGCUUGGCCAAAAUGGGCAUCCACCACACCUCGAAGCACUGCCGGGACAAAAUCAAGAAAAUGAAACAGGAUUACCGGAGAAUUAAAGAGCAGGAGAGCACCACCGUUGACCCUGGCAAAAGACUGGGCAGGCCCCGUUGGUUCGACGCGUUAGACGCAAUACUGAGCCGCCAGGCGGAGUAUGUUCACAUGUCAGGCACAAACCAUGGCGAGUCCUUGUUGUUGGAGGUCAUGAGUGAUGAUGACUCCAGGUCCAACAGUAAUAACGAGCAAGAAUCAGAAGAUGAGCAUAAAGAACGGAUUCACCUCGGCGGCUUGAUUGAUUCUCCAGGAACCUCUGGCUGCCCUGAAUCGGCCUCACCCUCUUUUGGACUCAUCUCGCCAUCACAUGUUUCUGAUCAGGUCAAAAAUAAACAUGCAGAAUGCGCUCGCAUUGAAGAGCAUGGCUUGUACUCGCCAGGGACCUCUGUCUGCUGCGAAUCUGCCUCACCCUCUUUUGGUCUGAGAUCACUGGAGCAAGGUCCUCAUCACAUCAACGGAAAAAGAAAAAGGGAUUCUGAGUUACAACACGUGGUGAGAGAGAUGGAGAAAAGGGACACCAUCUUCCUGGAGACAAUGCAGGAGAUGGAGGAAGCCCACAUCGACAUCCUGCGGCAAGAACUCGACCAGCGGGAGCGCUACUACCAGAUGCUCAUGGCACACGAUUCCCGGGAGGCCGAGGCGCGCGAGCGGGAGUUCGCCCUCCGACGCGAGGAAGCGGCCGAAGCCAGGCGACAGCAGGAGACUUUUCAGCAGGGCUUCCUGAACGUUCUCAACCGACUUGUCCAGGUCCUGGACAAGACCGACAGUCCUGUGACCCCACCACUGGACUAGAGGAACAGUUGUUAAAGGACUGUGUAUAGUUUGUAUAGUGCACUUGGUGUGAAAUUGCCUAGAUUUGAAUUAGGUACAGACUUUAUGGGGUGAGGUACUUUGAGGUGCAUUGUGUUUCCGACAUUUGAGAUUUUUAUAUGUAUAUUUUUUUUUGCUAUUUCCAGUAAAUGAUUUUGAUUGUGGAUCAAAAGAUGAAACAAGAACAAGCAUACAUUA